AGUGGGAGAGUGGUGGCGAGCGCUGCGUGACUGUGGCGAGGUACAUGGAGCUGGAAAUAGACGUGGAGAGCUUGGAAGAGGAGUUGUCCGACUCUCCCGGGGCUGUUGUCCCGGGACAGGGAGGCGAUGGCCCUCCCGCAGACAGCGACAAGAAAGAGCCAGGCCCGGGCGAUCAGAGGAAGCUCAGCCGCACCCCCAAGUGUGCCCGCUGCAGGAACCACGGCGUGGUGUCGUGCCUGAAAGGCCACAAGCGGUUCUGCCGCUGGAGGGACUGUCAGUGCGCCAACUGCCUGCUGGUGGUGGAGAGGCAGAGGGUGAUGGCAGCUCAGGUGGCGCUGAGGAGGCAGCAGGCAACCGAGGAUAAGAAAGGACUGUCGGGGAAACAUAACCUGGCCGAGCGCAGGGCUGCGUAUCAGAGGCAUGUGAGAACCCCCAGCCUCCUGGCCAAGAGCAUCCUGGAAGGCUACCGUCCAGCCCAGACUGACCCUUAUUUGGGAGGAAACACACCCUUGCCCCCUCCUGUUAGUGACAGGAUGAGGAAGCGGAGAGCCUUUGCCGACAAAGAGCUGGAGAGCAUCAUGAUGGAGAGAGAGUACAAGGAGAGAGAGAUGAUCGAGGCCGCCCAAGCUGCCGCCGCUGCUUUUUUCCUUCCAAACGGCAUGGUCCAUGCGGCAGAGUAUAACUCCUGCAAGUCUAACUACAGCACCCAGGGGAUGGACAGACCCUCCAAGGAGAUCUCACAGCAUUGCAAUUUCAUCCCCUCUUGCCUCGACCUCACCAUGCAGUACUCGGGUUCCGACAGAGCCGUGGAGCUCAUCUCUUCCAACGUCAGUGUGGCCACCACCUACAGGCAAUAUCCCCUGACCCCAAGGCUGAUGGUUUGGCCAAAGUGUGGGGCUAUCAGCGAUGCUCUCCUGUACCAGCAAUACCUGCUGAACGCAGGCGGCGCCAUGCACACCCUGAAGCCCGAGCUUGUUUGGGACGCUAAGGGCAGCCCUGUGCAGGACAGCCACCUGGCCAGUGGAGGCCUGGAGUCACCCAAGAGGCAAGUGAGGGAAAUGCAACAGGCUGUAGGCGAAAUGGGGGGAAGAAACAACCCCCAAAGGCAGGAGAUGCCAUGUGAAGGAUCAGCCUUUUCCCCGCCGAAGCGCGACUCACCAGUGCCAACACCAACGCAGAUCAGCAAGGAGAACUGGCUGCAGCCGCCUCAUACCAAUACAGCAGGAAACACCCCAAUAAUAAAGACUGCCCCAGGGAAAGAUGCCUUCCAGGAGGCGGCCAGGACACACAGGGAACACGCCAUGAAGGAAAACCAGAUCCGCAGGCAUCCUGCUGACCGCUACACAAACACAAACAAUCUGGUGGCCUCCAAGCAAAUUGGCACCAAAACCUCGCCUCCUGACUCACUCUCCUUUUCCGUCGAGUCCAUUCUCAAAAGACCUUCGCCUUUCCUCACCCGCACAUACCAGUAAUCGCCUUAAUGCAUCUUUAUAAACAGUAAAACCUGUGUAAUUCUGAUCUGUAUGAAUCAUAUAAUCGCCUAAAUGGUACAUCUGCCCAAGUCCUGUCCAACAGUUUAUAUUCUAUGCAAGUUUGACAUAACUCAUACUUUGCAUAAGUCAUACUAAAUGUAUGUUCCCAGCUGAUACGACUUAAGUGAGGUUUGCUGUACCUUUUAGAAUGAUUUAUGAUUUGUUCAGGUAUAUUUUCGACAGGGGAGGGGAGUGUGGGGACCAUUCAAAGCCAGGCUGCCUUUUGUAUAAAUGUAUUCUUGAUGUAAAUGUUUCAGGCAUUAUUACUUUGUACAGAUGUUGUUAGCAUGACUUUGUUUCCAGUGAGAGUAUAUUUAAAGCCCCCCCCUCAUACUGUAUAAUUGAGUUGUCAGAAUACUGCUAACUAUCAAAUGUUAUUUUAUGCACUGAAAUGCAAGUGUAUGCCUAAAAUAAAGAGAAACUUCAGGACAA